CUCCGAUGCGCCUUCAAGGUUGCAAAAGUUUUUUGUGGCUUUUCGCGUCACGGGAAAAUGUUGCCGGACCGUCUGAGGAACCGGACCGUAGCUAAGUUGAAGAGGCGCCAUCGACGAGUCCCUCCUCGAUGUCGACCGCGUCCUCGAGUCACGUGAGGAGGAGCAUUUGUCGCGCGUUGAGUCAAUCAAGACGAGUGACGAGCGCGCGCUUCCCGACCGCCGGCAGCAGGGGGCGCCGGCCGGCCGGCCGGGCCGGGGGAGGAGGAGGAGGAGGAGGAGGCCCGCGGCGCGCUCCUUCCCUGGCUCCGCUGCCGCUGAAAAACGAGCCCCCCACACGCGCGAAGGCGGACGCCCGGCUCGGACUCCCGCUCGCCUCCUCCGACCUUCAGCGCGAUGGCGCGCGUCCCCGCUCUCGUCUGCCUCUUUCUCUCAGGUGCGCUGAUGCGCGCGGCGGCUCUGCGGGUGGAGCUUUCUCCCGGCGCGCCGCUCUUCAAGCUGGGCUCGCGUCAGCGGCUCGCGUGCUCCGUCGCCGACUGCCCCGCGGCGCCCGUCAUCUCGUGGACGCCGCUCGGCGACCGGCCGCUCAACGCCGACGUCCGGACGCGGGACCGCCUGUCGGUGCUCACCUUCGACCCCGUGGGGAUGGAGCACGAAGGCCCGCUGCUGUGUCGAGUCACCUGCGGGGAGCGACGCAAAGACGCCAAAACCGACGUCAGACUUUACGCCUUCCCGUCGGACCCCGAGAUCCGAGGUGGGCGGGCCGUCCGCGCGGGGGAGGAGUCCACGCUGACCUGCGAGGUGCGUGACCUUUACCCCGCCGAGGCGCUGACUCUCGAGUGGCUGAGGGGAGGCCGGGUGGUCGGCAGCGCGGCGGGAGAAGUCCGAGCGGCGUACACCUUCGCCCCUCGCGGGGGGCCGUCGGGGGAGAACCUGACUUGCAGGGCCACCCUCGACCUGCGCGACCUGCCGCCCGAGGAGCGCACCCGGCAGACCGUCGCCCGCCUCCACGUGACCUUCGCUCCGGUGGUGACGGCGCUGUCGGACCCCGGCGCGGUGAUGGCGGGCUCCGUCCUGGUCCUGAGGUGUUCCGCGUCCGGCGACCCGCCGCCGGUCCUCACGUGGACCUUCAGGCCCGAGGGCGGCGGCUCGGCGCAGGUCAAAGGUCACGGCGAGGAGCUGGCGCUGGCCGCGCAGGCGGGAGAGUUCCGAUGCGAGGCCCGCAACCGCGAGGGCCGACACAGCCGGGCCGUCCGCGUGCGCCUCAACGCUCCGCCCAGCAACACCUCCAUGUCGGUGAGUCCGGGCCGGGAGGUUCCGGAGGGCCGGCGCGUCACCUUCACCUGCCGCUCGCACGGAGCCCCGCCCCCCGUCCUGGUGCUGAGUCGGGAAGGGGAGGAGCUCCGGAGGUCGGACUCCGCCCCCUCGCUCACCGUCAGCCUGUCCGUGCGCCCUCAAGGCCCCGCCCGCUACCGCUGCGACGCCACCAACGCCUUCGGGACGGAACACGUCACGCGAAACGUCACGGUGGAAGCUCCUCCGAGGAACACCACGGUCACGGUGGCGCCGUCGGCGACGGUGCGGGCGGGCGAGAACGUGACGGUGUCCUGCCGCAGCGCCGGCUUCCCGCCGCCGGAGGUCACCCUGGAGAAAGCGGCGGACGGGACGCGGCGCCGCUCCGCCGACGGCGUCUUCCGGCUGGUCAACGUGACGGCGGGCGACUCGGGCCUCUACCGGGUCAACGCCAGCAACCGCCGGGGCUACCAGGUCCGCGCGUUCCGCCUGAGCGUGACAGAGCCCGGCGCCGAGGCCGAGGCCACGGCCGGCGUCCUGGUGCCGGCCGCCGUCGGGGCGGCCGCGCUGGCCGCCGGCGCUCUGCUCUUGGACUACAUGAGAAGGUCCAAGAAGAAAGGAUCCUACCGGCUGACGGCUCCGGCGCGCGAGCGCCGCCCCUUCGGCGCCAUCUGCGCCUGAACGCGCAAAGAUCCCCGCCUCCGGCCCCCGCCCCCGCCCUUCCACCCUCGUAUUUGCGCAUCUUUGACGCGCUUGCUUGAUGCUUCCGAUCACAUGGGAAUCCUUUGGGAUUGUUUUGCAAGAAAGCUCCACAGAAGAACGCCACCCGAGCUAAGCUAGCGCGGCGGUUCCCGGCCGAGCGUCUCCGUGGCGACAGAGAGCCUCUUUGGGGAGCUGCUUGGGAUUCUCGGCGCGUUUGCGCGCGCGCCGGCGUGAGAAACUGGUCGACGUCGGCUGAGCGCAGUUUUUUUCCGUCCGCUACCUGUGACCCUGGUGCGUGCCGCUAACAAUGAUUGUGCUGCGUGUCAGCGUUUUCACGCCGCUGUUGAUGCUUCCUGCGAGAACAAACGUCAAACUCAAACUCGCCGACGUUAGCGCAACACAGUUGACCUUCCUUCAAGAUUUCUGGGGGCGGGGGGAGGGCUAAAUGCCCUGCAGAAAACCCCUGACAAAAGUGCAUCCUGCCGGCAGUGCUUUUCCAUCGGCGCUCCCAAAACGUUGAGGUUCUCUUUGACGGAAAGAACGAGAGCGAGCGUCGCCACCAAAGCGAACCCUGCCACGGCAUGUCUGCGGGCUUGAGGUCUCGGGACCCUCUCGUGUUUGUGGACCGGCGUCUCGGGGUCAGCCGCAAGCGGCGCCCAGCUGUUUUUGCGGGCUCCCCUCCCACAAUCGUCGGCUUGGGAUCCUCUGAGAGCGCUUCGGUCCGAGACGCGCUUCACGGGCGUGUCGUCCGAUCAGAAGACCCCGCCGGUGGCCAAAACCUUGAUUGUCAUUCGAAUUGGCUUCUGGCUUUUUUUUUUCAGUCCCCAAACAGGGCCCGGCCCGCAUGAACUGAACUGGAAUCAAAACACCAAGAUGAGGUUCAUUGAUUCAUUUGUUGAUCCUUCAUUUUGCGGUUAGUGCUCCCAACCAAUGACCUGCCGUGUUCAUGUUCAAAUUCCACUUUGAUAAAUGAUUGUGAUAUUGA